AUGGCGAUCACUACAGCCUCAUCUGGUGGCCUUCUUACAGCGGUUCCAACAAAGGCCGGCAUCUCGGGCAUCGCGAUGACCGCCUUCGCUGCCUUCGGUGGUAUGCUCUUUGGCUACGACACUGGCACCAUUUCUGGCAUUAUCCAGAUGAACAACUGGAUCAUGACAUUCGGGAAGCCCGACAGCAACUCGUCGACGGGCUACUCUGUCUCGACGUCCAGGGAGUCCCUCGUCGUUUCAAUCUUAUCUGCGGGCACGUUCUUCGGCGCCCUUGCAGGAGCUCCCGCCGCCGACAUCUUGGGCCGACGCAUCAGCAUCAUGCUCACCUGCAUCGUCUUUUCCCUCGGGGUGUCCCUCCAGGCGGGAGCGCCCGACUUCGCAACAUUCGUAGUCGGCCGAGUCUUCGCCGGCAUAGGCGUCGGCCUCGUGUCCACCCUCAUCCCGAUGUACCAGUCCGAGUGCUCUCCCAAGUGGAUCCGAGGCGCCCUGGUUUCGUGCUACCAGUGGGCAAUAUCGAUCGGCCUGCUUCUUUCCGCGGUCGUCAACAACGCGACGAAGGAUCGUCCCGAUCACUCCGCGUGGCAGAUCCCGAUUUCUGUACAGCUUGUGUGGGCCUUUGUGCUCUUUGUUGGGAUGAUCUGGCUACCUGAGACACCGCGUUGGCUCGUCAAGCAGGACCGUCGCGAGGAUGCUGCGAAGUCCAUGUCUCGCCUCAGGUCCUUGCCGGUGAACGAUCCAGUCGUUCAAAGCGAACUCGAGGAGAUUGCUGCAGCUUUAGAAGAGGAACGCGAGAUGGAUCAGAGCUCGUACGCCGACUGCUUCCGUUUCACUCGCAACAAGAUCGCUCUGCGAACCCUCACUGGCAUCGCUCUGCAAGCAUGGCAGCAGCUCACUGGAAUCAACUUCAUCUCCUACUACGGGGUAACAUUCUUCACGAGCUCCGGGAUCAAGAACCCCUUCCUCGUCUCCGUCAUUACGAACGUCGUCGGCACCUCCAUGACCGUCUUCGGGAUCUGGGCUGUCGACCGCUUCGGCCGCCGUGCGAUGCUCCUGUGGGGCGCGGCGGUCAUGUGCGUGUGCGAGUUCCUCGUCGCCAUCCUGGGCGUGACGAUCGCGACCUCGAACGUCUCCGGGCAACGCGCCCUCAUCGCGCUCGUCUGCAUCUACGUGGGCACGUUCGCGUCGACCUGGGGCCCGGUCGCAUGGGUCGUCACCGGCGAGAUAUUCCCGCUCAACGUCCGCGCGAAGGGAAUUUCUCUGUCUGCUGCGUCGAACUGGUUAUGGAACUGGGCGCUGGCCUUCGCGACGCCGUACCUCGUCAACUCGGGCGCAGGUAACGCCGGUCUCGGCGUCAAGGUGUUCUUCAUCUGGGGCUCAACGUGUGCGGGUUGUAUCGUGUUCACGUACUUCUGCAUCCCGGAGACGAAGGGCCUCUCGCUCGAGCAGAUCGAUUUCCUAUACCAAAACUCGACACCGGUGACGAGUCCGCGAUACCGCAGGCAGCUCAUCGCUGAAUCUGACGCAGCGGACGAUGUGCGGGGCGAUAUGAGGGUGGCUGAGGAUGAGAAGGGCGAUGCGUCCUGGCAGAUGCGGGAGGUGACAGGCAACGGAGUGUAG